CAAUCUGAUUGGCUCGGAUUGUUCGGGGCGAUAUUCACGCGCUUGUGCGGGAAACUCGUUCUCCGCAUUCACCCUUCUUGUCUCUCCCUUCGUCGUCGCUGCUGCGAGUGUCAGUCCCGCCCACCAUGCAGGCUCUCGUCUCCUCCUCUCGCCGUGCCCCGGCGGCGCUCAGAGCGUCCCGCGGCUUUGCUACCUCCGCUCUUCGUGCGCAGGCCGUACCCACGGACAAGCCUGUGAAGGCGAAGGAGUUCAAGAUCUAUCGCUGGAACCCGGAUGAGCCAGCGAAGAAGCCGACCCUGCAGUCGUACACUAUCGACUUGAACCAGUGCGGGCCUAUGGUCCUCGACGCACUCAUCAAGAUCAAGAAUGAGAUCGACCCGACACUCACUUUCCGUCGCUCCUGCCGCGAGGGUAUCUGCGGCUCCUGCGCGAUGAACAUCAAUGGACAGAACACGCUCGCUUGCCUUUGCCGCAUCGAGCGCGACGAGUCCAAGGACACCAAGAUUUACCCUCUUCCGCAUAUGUACAUCGUCAAGGACCUCGUCCCGGACCUGACGUACUUCUACAAGCAGUACAAGUCGAUACAGCCCUACCUCCAGAACGACAACCCGCCCGCGGAGGGCGAGUUCUUGCAGUCGCAGGAGGAUCGUCGGAAGCUUGACGGCUUGUAUGAGUGCAUUCUCUGCGCCUGCUGCUCCACCAGUUGCCCGAGUUACUGGUGGAACCAGGACCAGUACCUUGGCCCUGCGACCCUCAUGCAGGCGUACCGCUGGCUUGCUGACUCUCGUGACUCGUACGGCGCUCAGCGCAGGGAGAGACUGCAGAACGAGAUGAGCGUAUACCGCUGCCACACCAUCUUCAACUGCGCUCGUACUUGCCCGAAGGGUCUCAACCCGGCUGCGGCCAUUGCAAAGAUCAAGAUGGAGCUUGCCGCCGAGUAAGCGCUUUGAUACCACAGCAGCCGUGGGGAUGGAUGGGGGGCGAUAUGCAUUUACAACGUAAUGGACUUGGGCGUGGUUGCUCACAGUGCCGGUUGUAUGUACAACAGCAGACACGUUUUUCAAUUUAUUGUUCCUUUUA